AUGGCUCGACUCAACGAGUAUGCAGCCGAUAUUUCGCGCGGGCAUGCGACAGCGCGCACCGAAGAGGCUGAGCGGUACCAACGCCAACGUCUGGAGGAGAGAGCGGUCCAGAUCAACUCGCUCAUGCACCAACUACGAGAGAAAGAGUCGUCCGACGGCGCUGGCGCCAGCUCCGGGCGUCAAAACACAGUGGAAGAUCGCAUGGACGUUGAUGAGCCGGAGGAUGACGAGACUGAUCUGUUGCUCGAACGAGAACGGCUUCUGGAGGAGGAACAGCGACUACUGGGACGAGUGGAGGAGCCAGAGCGACAGUCACAGGGACGGCGCGAACCAAGGUACAGGGAUGUAGCGCAGAUUCUUGAACGGGAGAAGCAAAGGGCCAAGAAACGAGCCCAUGCGAGCUCCAAGGACUCCCCCAAGAAACGUAUUGCUCCGCCUGUGCAGAUUCAGGAUGAAAAUAUGUUCGUUCGGGGCGACUGGUGGACGGAGUGGACGUCCGAAGAGCUUAUGAUGGUGGUGGCAUACUACAAGCAAGAUCUUCAUCGUGCUAUGCAAGGUCAUUCGGGCUUGAAUCAUGCGGAACUCACUGCUCUACAACUAGGAGAGAUAAAGCGACUGGUGAGACGAGACGCUAAGAAGAUGCUCCUGGCCCAGUACAGCUCGAGUCUGAACAAGAUCAAUGAAGCACAGGUCAGGCAGGAGCAGUCUGAAAAGCGUGGUGGUGAACGUUCUGAACCUGUGGUCGCGCAAUAUCCCUCGACGACUUCUUCUCAAAACACAAACCUCUACACUGGUAUGCCCAAAUCCAGCCAGCAGACGGACAUGAAUUGCGAGAGCACCGCCAGCGACGACGAAACCAACGCUGUGGUUGCCAACACCACUACUCUGUCGCUUCUGGAGCCCCAGAACAUCACGCUCACUGAGGAACAGCAGGUCAUCUUUGACCUAGUGGCUAAAGGCGAGAGUCUGUUUUUCACGGGAGGAGCUGGAACCGGAAAGUCCGUGCUCAUCAAGGAGAUCAAGAACCAUUGCGAGUCAAAGGGAGUUGUCUGCAAAGUCACAGCACCUACUGGUCUGGCUGCUGUCAACGUGGAUGGCAUAACUAUUCAUAGGUGGACUGGCCUGGGUCUCAUGAAAGAGAGCGCCGAAGUCUGCAUUGCCAAGCUCUUCAAAAACCCUAGAGCUGCCGCAAUGUGGAAGUUCACCGACGUGCUCAUUAUUGACGAGUGCAGUAUGAUAUCUGGAGCCAUGUUUGACAUGAUUGACACCAUUUCCCGAGCCGUGAGGUCCAACUUUUUCCAAAUUGCACACACGGCUGUUGUUCAGUAUGAAAAGGAGCUACGUUGUAAGAAAAAAGCUCGAAACUACAACUUUCUGAAAGAAAUGUUACAGUACACGGAGAAGGACCAUGCGCGUGACCAAGUGUUGAGAGACCUCCCCUUUGGAGGAAUGCAAAUUGUUUGUGUGGGCGACUUUUAUCAACUCCCCCCUGUUCCUUCGUUUGAAGACAAGAACACAUACGCCAGAAAGCAUGGUGCUAGCGCCCAGCUUCCUCCAGACUUUUUGUUUAACUCCGAGGCGUUUCAGAAAGUAUUUGGAGAUAAAAGACUGCGUCUCACUGUUGCCAAGCGGCAAACUGAAGGCUCCGUGUUCGCCUCCAUGCUUAACAUGUUCCGAACGUACAAGGGUACUACUCCAGAGACUGAUGCUCUUCGAAACUACUUUUCUCAGUUCAUUGGCAGGCAUCCCCCGGGCCAACAGACUGUGCACCUUCAAAGCACCACCACCGGAGUCGAAGCAACUAAUCAGAGAGAGCUGCAGCUGCUAGAUGGCCCUGAAGUCUUCUUUUACGCUUCUGACAUGCGGAACACCACAGAGGGGUACAGUCAGGAAUUCAUUGAUCGGGCCAUGAGGGACAUUAACGCUGAAGACAGGCUGUGUUUGAAACCAGGUGCCCAGGUCAUGUAUCUUAAGAACGACUACGACAAGGGUUUGGUUAACGGUCAUAUGGGUCAGGUUGCAUUUCUCAUGACCUACGAAAUGUACAGUCUGUACAAAGACGAUCUGGACGUAUUAUUUGUCAUUUAUCACUACAUCAAGUCCAGAAACCUUCGCUCUCUGAGCCGCAACGCCAAGGUGCCUCCUGAUCUGGAGCAACACCUUGGCAUGCGCCUGGAGCAUUAUCAAUGGUCUUACUAUCGGUACGCCCUGAUGCACAUUGACGAGGUGUAUCGACAAGAGGCUCUGGCUCAAAAGAAGAAGAAUCGCGAGUUGGAAGAACAAAAGAAGGUAGGUAGAGAGAACACCAAGCUACUGGUCGUCUUCAGACUGGCAGACGAGUACAUUGCAGACGGUGAAAGUGACCAGCAGUUCAUCUUGGUGCCUACAGCUGAGUUCGCAAAGCUCGACUACUCUCGACUGCUGGCUCGUGAGAAUCGAGACGCAAACGCUCCCAAGUACCCUACCAUUUGCUCGCGUGUGCAGCUGCCUAUGAGUUUGUCUUGGGCACUCACGAUUCACAAAUGUCAGGGACAGACACUUAUCCGAACUGUGGUAGACAUGAAGGGCAUGUUUACCGAAGGACAAGCAUAUGUGGCCAUGACCCGGGUUAGGUCUCCCGAUGAUCUAAGACUCACAUGUUUCGAGGUCCCCAAAGUCACGCGUCCUGAGGUCAUCAAGUUCGAUGAAUCCAUCAAGGACUCCCUGACGGUCAAGAAAGAAGGAGCUAAUGGUGUCGGUGGUUUUGCGCUUCCAAACAACGCCCCUCACCACUCGACUCCUUCAAAACGUUCUUCUCCGCCUCCGUCUUCAUAUGAGUCUGCGAUUAGUGAUUUUGAUUCUAACGCGGAAACAUGUUCAGGUACUCACUAUUACCGCACAAGAGCUCAGUAA